UGGAUUAGGGCGGUUUUAUUUUUGACACGCUUGCGCAGUCCAUUGUUGUCGUUUUAACUGUAGAAACAUGUCUGCCUCCUUGGUGCGAGCGACCGUCCGAGCGGUCAGCAAGCGCAAAAUACUGCCUACGAGAGCCGCACUUAUACUCACUCCAGCAGCUGUGACCAAGAUCAGAUUAUUGCUGCAGGACAAGCCGGAAUAUAUUGGUUUGAAAGUGGGAGUGAGAACACGUGGCUGUAAUGGACUGACAUACACACUGGACUACACCAAGGAUAAAGAUAAAUCUGAUGAGGAAGUGCAGCAGGAUGGUGUGAGGGUGUUCAUAGAGAAGAAGGCUCAACUCACCCUUCUGGGAACUGAGAUGGACUUUGUGGAGUCAAAGCUUUCCAGUGAAUUUGUUUUUAAUAAUCCCAACAUUAAGGGCACAUGUGGCUGUGGUGAAAGCUUCAACAUAUGAGGGUCACAGAGCCUCCCCGAUCCUGCUCUCAUCCCUGUCCCUUUUAUUAGGACUGAGAAAACUGAAUGUUGACGACGAAGUCUGCAAUGUUGACGAGUCUCAGUUUCUAGCACUGCUUCUUCCUCUGCUGGCAUACACACUCACACUCCCAAGCCCUAGUAUGCGCUGUUUAUUUAGAGGAGGAUUUUAAUACAAGAUGUGUAGUCGCAACAUUCUCAACACAAAUAUUUUAAGUUCAGAAACCUGUGAUGUUGACAGCUGCAUUUUAAAACUCUAGGUUAUCCAUCUAAAAGCUUAAGGACCUUUAAAACAGGGUGUUUUUUUAUAAUGAUGCUGGCCACCAUUUAAUGCAAUCCCACUUUAUUUUAAGCAGUUCAGUCAAAUCUUGCCGCGAUCAGUAUGCCAGAGGAAAUGGUACAGCAUGGCCCAAUAAUAUGCUGAUUUAACCUGUGAAUUGAUGAGGUCUUAGUUAGUAAAGUGUGAUUGAGUUGUUUGUUUUAAACUUUAAGACUAUCCUCCAAACUCCACAGACAUGAAGACCAUCAGCUGAUGAAGUCACUGUUAGACAGUGCACAUUGGGCAUUCUCUACCAUAGUAUGCAAACGUGGAACAGCAUGAGUGUCUUGAAACUGCUUGGUCAGCUUGUGAAAGCUGAAAAGCUGAAAUGUUUAUUUAUCUUUGUAAGUAAAUGUAAAGGAGGCAACUUUCUAUGUAGAGCAUCAUGAACGCACAAAAACCCAACUACGCACAAAACGUGUAUUCUUCACUUAAGAGUACAUGGUUGUUUCUUUUUUUUUUGUUUUUUUUUGCUUGAUCAAAUCCAGGACUUUGUAUAGAUUACAGUAUGUGCUCUUAUGAUUUGUAACCUGUGCAAUACAUAUGUGUACAUAUGAAAUAAUAAAUGGCUAAGUCCAGUAAACGUUA